AUGAGAGAACGCAGAAAGCGCCUGUACGAUCUCCAACACAGCUAUAACGAGAGACAAAUCACAACGGUGAUCAAAGGUAACAAACUUUUGUUCCCGAGUAACCGAUCCGUAUACCGUGAAAAGGUCAACAGACCGCCAGCCGAUGAAUUACUCGAUGCCUCGAACGACAAAAUCGAAACGAAAGUAUUCGAAGGAAAACGUAUAGAGGAUAACGGAAACCGGUUCUCAUCUUAUGCAGCUGAAGUUAGUUCGGUAAAACAAGUAAACCAAGCCUUGAAAAAAAUACUCCGACUACACCGAGUAAGAAGCGCGACCCACAAUGUAUACGCAUACAUCUUCACUAAUUCAGAAGGAGUGACGCAUGAGGGCAGUAAUGAUGAUAGAGAACAUGGUGCUGGUCGGGCGUUGUUGCGAGAGAUGAAAGACAAUAAUAUUAAAAAUUGCGUCGUUGUCGUCUCCAGGUGUUUCCAGAGUAAAAUUGGCCCCGCCGAUUCCGUCAUAUACUGGAAACUGGUUUGAGUGCUACCGCGAAUAUGGCGUUAAAGUGAAUGCUGUCAUGACAGUGAUGUAAAAACAACAAACACAACUUAUGCACUAUAAGGUUGUAAAUAUUUAUUUCUCAGCCAUAUUGAGAUAAUGUUUUAUCCUUUACUUUUUGUCGGAAUUAUCCGGUUCAACUGGCAUAGGUUUAACGUUUUAUACAGCGACUGUCAACAUCCGGUUAAUAUACGGUUACAUGUGAUGUAAGUAACUUACCUCUUUUUCUCCUUUACCAAUUGUUACUUUAUAGGAAUUUUGAUAUCUUGACAAGACGAUGGAGUCGGU